AUGAGUUUGCCGAAGGAUGUCAACUAUGAAGAUGUCACGGUUAAAGCAAAAGUGACAGGAGUUGAGAAGGCGCAAGUUCAGGCAACUGCCUAUUUUACCCCGCCAUCAGAGGAGACGAAACACAUCCACGAGAGAAUGCUCCAAAUGUGCCUUGAUGAUCUCAACGCGAAAAUGGAGAAGAAGCACGGGAAUAGCUCUAGAUCUUCAUAUCGACAAGCUGAAACGGGCGAGAAAAAAGUUAAGAAGUAUCGCAAACGAACGGAAUCGGAAAAGGAAGCAAGACGACAACAAAAACUGCGAGAGCAAUCUUAA